AUUUGUUUCAUUUAUGGAGAAAUUUCAUGUUUACCACUUUCAUGUACCACUUUUCAUCUAACCACCACUAAAGAGACAUUUUUCAAAAAUACUUUUUUCAUUAAUUGACAAAAUACUCUUACACAUUUGUUAUAUAUAUAUAUAUAAUAAAUCAUUAUUUAAAUAAACAAAAAAAAAUAAAAAAACGUAAAAUAAAAAAAAUAUUUUUUUUAUGUUUUCGAAUUAUAUUUUUUGAAAUUCGAACUUUUUAUAUUUCUUUGAAUUUUUUUUUCAAAAUUGUUUCUUUUUUCAAAAUUUCUUUUUAAAAAUCGUAAAUUAUGUUUGAAACUAUUUUUAAAUUUUAUUUUUAUAUAUUUUUAAAUAUUUAUUUGUAUAUUUAUUAGAAUUCUAAAUUUCAGAUUCCAAAAACCCUACUCCACCCUUAAACUCUAAACCCUAAGUCUAGAUUAGUUAACCCUAGGAGUAUAAGUGUAUUUUACUCUUCAUUAAAAGUGAAGCUAAAAGUGAUUAGUGUAGAUAUGAAAAGUGGCACUAUGAAUGUGAUAUUUAUGGAUAAUAAAUAUAAUGCUCGGGUCAUCUAAAAAACAAGCAGAGAAACAAGGUCAAUGAUUAAGAAAUUUCAUUUACAAAGGGAUCUUGAAUAAUCUCCAAUGCAAAAAGGCAUGAAUUCUUCUUUAAAAAUAUGCACAUUUGAAUUCUUUAAAACUAACCAAACAAAAAGGAAUCUUCUUCUCUGUUACUUAAUAAUAAAAUUAGAGAAUGAUUUUAGCUAGAUAUAAAAAAAGAAAAAAAAAUUCUUCUAGAAAAUGUUUUUGAACAUGCUUUCAAAAAAAAAUCAAAACCAUUUUAAGAGAUACCAAAAUUUAAAAAAUAUUAAUGUCAAAAAUAAAUAAUUAAUAUACAAUAAUAUUUAUCAUGCUACUAAAUCACAUCAAAUUUCAGAAAUGUAGAAAUAUACAAUAUAUGUUUAGAUUGUAAAUAUCAGAAUAAAAAACUUUAAAUUAUAUUGAUAUCUUUAUUUAAAAUCAAAAUAUUUUUAAAGACAUUAAAUAUAUAGAAAAUUUAAAAAACUUCGGCGGCGUAGCGCGGGUAAUUACCUAGUAUUUACAAUCACGUCGAGCAUUUCGAGUAUUGUAUAUUUGGAGUUAGUCUUUCACCAAUAUAAUUGUGUUACAACUUAAUAUAAGAAAAUUUAAUAAUUAUAUCUAAAAUCUCUAUCGUUUAAUAAUAUAUAUAUUAUGAAAUUUAAUUACUUAAAAUAUACGUAUCAUUAUGGCAUAUCACGAAAGAAAAAAAACAAGAAAAAAAAAGUUUGAAGAAACAUGAGAUCCUUGUUGGAAAAGGAUUUUGUUUUCUCCAAUAUAUAUUAGGAAUUGGUUUAAUGAUGCCGACCUCGGUAUUCUUAUAAAUACAUACACUUAUAACCCUCGAAGAAAGCAUCCCAAUUACAAAAUCACAAAUUGCUCAAAAUCAAAAGCACAUACGAAGAAGAGAAAAGAUGUCGCUGUCUUUUUCACAAACGAAGUUACUGGUAAUCCUUGUGGCCUUUGCAUGCGUCUUCUCAUCAGGCUCAGAGGCAUGGAGCUGGAGUUGGAGCUCCGGUUCAGGCUCAGGCUCAGGCUCGGGUUGGGAAUCCCACGGCUCAGGAGGAUCUGCCUCAGGUUCGGGUACAAACUCUGAUGGUUCGCACUGGAGUUGGAAGUGGGACACACGGUCAGGCUGGAGAUGGAGGUCAGACUCAAACCAUACGAAGCCAGGCUCAUCAAACCAUAACGUUACGAAGCCUGAAGGCUCAUCAAAUCAUAACGUAACUAAGCCAGGCUCAUCGAACCAUAACGUCACGAAGCCUGAAGGCUCAUCAAAUCAUAACGUUACGAAGCCAGGCUCAUCGAACCAUAACGUUACGAAGCCUGAAGGCUCAUCAAAUCAUAACGUUACUAAGCCAGGCUCAUCGAACCAUAACGCUACGAAGCCAGGCUCAUCGAACCACAACCAUAAUGUUACAAUGCCAGGCUCAUCGCACCAUAACCAUAAUGAAACGAAGCCAGGCUCAUCAAAACAUAACGAUUCGAGGUCAGGCUCAGACGAUAACGAUUCAAGGAACCCGGUCUUUGCAACACCAAGAGAGGUCGUAGUGGGAGGAUCACGUGGAUGGAACUAUGGGGUGGAUCUUGAAGAAUGGGCUUCCAAGACUACUUUCCAUGUCGGCGAUGUUCUUGUUUUCGAGUACAACAAUAUGACAAACCGAAGACAUGACGUGUACUUGCAAACAAAUCUGUGGAGUUACAGGACCUGCAACUUCGAAAGUAGAAAUAAGAUUGCUUCAUCGGAGGAGAAUGGAUCUAAAGAGAGCUUCAAAUUUACUCUUGCAAUGUCACAGCCUUACUCUUUUGCAUGCGGAGAGGAUAACGGCUAUUAUUGCCGUACCUAUAACAUGAAGUUCAGCGUUCUCCCAGGCGCCUGAGUCCUCUCGUCUAUCCGACUCAACCCUUUUGCCUCUCUUUUUUUCUUAAUGCAAUAUUAUUAUUAGAGUUGCUAUUUUUUUAUUAGUUAAGGUUUUCUUAUUACAUAAAGAUUUUGAAGAGUUAAUAACUAGAUGAUCAGAUCGACGUCUAGAUCGGGGAUGAUCAGAUCGACGUCUAGUUGCUGUUGUAUUUUUGUUAUAGUCUUUGAUAGUUAGCAUAUAUAAUCCA